UGCUCCCCGUCCCCUGCGCCGGCAGCCGCGUCCUGAGGCGGGGCGGGCGCGGCGGGGCCUGGCCGUGCCCGCCGAGCCGGGGCGGGCUGCUCGCUGCGCUCCGACCCGGGCGGCAGCCGCGCGUCGGGCUGGGACGUGCUCCCGCUUCGCGUCUCUUUUUUUCCCCUUUAUUCAGUUCCUCCUUAGGGCAUAUCCAGAUAAAGAGUCUUUUUUUUUAAUUAUUAUUAUUAAAAAAACCUCAAAUCGGAAUACUCUCCGGAGGAUGCGGUCGUCAGCCUGCCGUCUUCGGUUUCCACCCUCCGCUUUUAUCGCCUGCCGCGGUAAUUCCGAGCUCGGCGGUUGAGGCUCCGAGCGCCUGCACGGGGGGGCUGCGCGGCUCGGCGGGGCGGCACCCCCUCUCUGAACUCCUCAGGGCAGGCCUGGCUGCUGCUUUAUUAAAAAAGAAAAAUCUUGCAUUUUUAGACCUUGUCCAAACGUAGAUUUUCGGAAAGCAAUCUGAUUAUCACCCUGCGAGGUGAUAAUAUAAAUGAGCUGCUCGUGUUUUGUACCAGCGUUAUCUUACAGCGUGAGGAGCAGCUCUAGGCGACAUAAAGACUGCUUGCAGGAGUUCAAGAGAAUAACUGCAUUUUCUUCUGCGGCUUAGAGUACGAGUUUCCACUCUUGUUCUGUAAAGGAACAAGAUGAUUUCUCUGUCUGUAGGACCAGUUCAUGCAUGUUGAAAAUCACUGUGACCUUGCAUCUCCAUCUACUUCGUAGACUCCUAUUAGAAACUCCAGAGUGUAAAGAAGAGUUGCUUUGGGUAGAUGAUGCUCAGAGAUACUAUGAAGUCCUGGAGCGACAGCCAGUCAGACCUCUAUAGCAGUGACCAAGAAGAAGAAGAACAGAUGAUUUUUGGAGAAAAUGAAGAAGAUUUGGAAGAGAUGAUGGAUUUAAGUGACUUGCCUACCUCACUCUUUGCUUGCAGUGUCCAUGAAGCUGUGUUUGAGGUACAGGAAGAAAAGGAAAGAUUUGAAGCACUUUUCACAAUCUAUGAUAAUCAAGUUACAUUCCAGUUGUUUAAAAGCUUUAGAAGAGUAAGGAUAAACUUCAGCAAUCCAGAGGCAGCAGCAAGAGCCCGGAUAGAACUGCAUGAAACUGACUUCAAUGGAAAAAAACUGAAGCUAUAUUUUGCACAGGCACAGGUGUCCAAUGAAAUAGGAGACAAGUCUUACCUCCUUCCUCCGCAACCUGUCAAACAGUUCCUGAUAUCACCACCUGCAUCUCCACCAGUUGGAUGGAAGCAGAGUGAAGAUGCAACUCCUCUGAUAAACUAUGACUUGCUUUGUGCUGUCUCCAAGUUGGGGCCAGGGGAGAAGUAUGAACUUCAUGCAGGAACUGAGUCGACUCCUAGUGUAGUUGUCCAUGUCUGUGAAAGUGAGACAGAGGAGGAAGAUGAAAUAAAAAACCCCAAACAGAAGAUCAUGCAGACAAGGCGUCCAGAACCACCUGCAACAAUACUGAAUGAAUCUAAAGCAUUUGAUUGUACACUGGAGAGAAGAAUACAGGAGGAAGAACCACAGACCACUGAGAAGGCAGAGUCUGAGUCUGUCUCCAAAACUACUGCUGCUACUAUCUGUGACGGUACACCGAUAAGUACAAUAGUUUGCACUGACAACUAAUUAAAAAUGAAUUACAGUAUAUGUAGAGUGAAAUAUGGAUUCAGCUACUGAAUGUGUUGUCUCUGAUCCUCUCUAAAAAGAUGGUAAUGCUUGUUCCUCUCCAGUCCUAGAGAUGGCCUACACUUAUAAAUAAAUUCAGUGACUGUUAUGUUAUGACUAAGUGAUGUUAGGAAAUAAAAGGUCCAGCGUUAGUUUUGAACUUGUGCACUUGUGCUUCUAAACUUUUACAGUCUGUCUUGUCUUGCCCCCUUCCCCCCCCCCCCCCCAUUUGCCUGGCUUAGCCAGCGUUUAUGCAUUUUUGGUACUUGUUUCCUGUUUUUCAUUAAGACUUUUUUGUGUGGCAUCCUGUAUGUCUAAUAGAGCAUCUGCUAGUUCUGACACCAGGAUGUAUCUUUUAAAAUACAGAUCUGUAAUAUCGUGAACUUCUAUGUUAAGUGUUUUAGUAGAAGAAAAAUAUGCCUCAGUAUAGUGGCACAUGCUCCUAUGCUUUUAUGCUAUUUUAUAACCAACCUUUUUUAGUCUACACAGAUUCUUCUUUUUUCUAUUAAAAUUAAUUAUUUGUGAACAAACCAGACUGCUUAUGUUCAUAUAUAAAAAUCAUUCAUAAAUUGGCCUUUUUCAAAUCAUUUUACUGUUGUUUAAUUCUAUAUAAAGUGCUUAUUGAACUUUCAAAAGUGUUUUCGCUUGAUUGACAGCAGAGAGGAAAAAGUGGACAUGAAUUUGUGUAGGUGCAGUUGUUUUAAACUCCAUGUUGUGCCAGCUCUUGAUCCUUUCCUGCCACCAGCUUCAAGUUGCAAAAUAGGAUCCUGCAGGCAGGUCCUCGUUCCAGAGGCAGGAAUAGUAUAAAUUAAAAAUGUUGGAAGAUGUUUUCUGUUUGUCUUGCCUCCACAGGCAUGAUAUUUAUGUAUCUCUUCAGGUAUUAAGAUCACUCAGUCUGAUUUCUGUUUCACUGUUCCACAGUAAAAAAAAGACUUGUAUUGUCUAUCAGGUUUGUGCAUUUUUAAAUUCCAGAAACCCAUUUGGGAUUUUCUGUGGUGUUUGUAUUUUGUUAAUUGAUUAAUUUCUACCCCAUUGUAAAAGUUGGUAUAAGUAGGGUUAAGUGGAAAACCUUCAGAAACAGUUUUAUAAGGCAAAUAAAACCAGUAAUGUUAUUGUCAAUGUAUCUUGUGUAAAAUGUGUAACAACUUGCAUUCCAACAUCUUUCAUUGUGUAAAGAGACUUCAAAUAAAAACAACGCAGUGCCAUUCA